AUGUCACCCCGAGCCCUCCCGGGGUGCCGGGCACAGGGGGAACCCCAAAGCCACCGGGGCACUGACGGCACCACGCGGGGCCCCCCUGCUCAUUCCGACGCGCUUUUCCCGUCCGAAAAGGGCGUUUUGUGCCGCGGGUGCGGGCAGGGGCAGCGACCAGCGCCCAACCCCUGCUGCUCAAACCCGUGCCAGAACAGAGGGGUGUGCACCACGACGGGGCUCGAUGGCUACGAGUGUGACUGCACCAGGACGGGGUUUUACGGGGAAAACUGCACGACACCGGAAUUCCUCACGUGGCUGAGGCUGACGCUGAAACCCUCGCCCAACACGGUCCACUACAUCCUCACCCACUUCAGAGGAGCCUGGAAUAUCGUCAACAACAUUCCCUUCUUACGAGAUGCUAUUAUGAGAUACGUGUUAACGUCCAGAUCACACUUGAUUGACAGCCCACCAACUUACAACAGUGAUUAUAAUUACAAAAGCUGGGAAGCUUAUUCCAACCUUUCCUAUUAUACAAGAAGCCUUCCACCAGUAGGACUCGACUGUCCAACACCAAUGGGUGUGAAAGGCAAGAAGGAGCUCCCAGAUUCCAAGGUGAUUGUGGAGAAGUUUUUGCUGAGGAGAAAAUUUAUUCCAGACCCACAAGGCACAAAUGUGAUGUUCACAUUCUUUGCCCAACACUUCACCCACCAGUUCUUUAAGACAGACCACAAGAAAGGACCUGGCUUCACCAAAGCUCUGGGCCACGGGGUUGACUUGAACCAUAUUUAUGGAGAGACUCUGGAGAGACAACUUAAACUGAGACUUCUAAAGGAUGGAAAGUUAAAAUACCAGAUGAUCGAUGGAGAAAUGUAUCCACCCACGGUGAAGGACACUCAGGCAGAGAUGAUCUACCCUCCUCACGUUCCUGAGCACCUGCAGUUUUCUGUGGGGCAGGAGGUGUUUGGUUUGGUCCCAGGCCUGAUGAUGUACGCUACGAUCUGGCUGAGGGAACACAACCGGGUCUGUGACGUCCUGAAACAGGAGCACCCAGAGUGGGAUGAUGAGCAGCUGUUCCAAACAACCAGACUUAUAUUGAUAGGAGAAACAAUCAAGAUCGUUAUCGAGGACUAUGUGCAACACUUGAGUGGCUACCACUUCAAACUCAAGUUUGACCCUGAGCUGCUCUUCAACCAGAGGUUUCAAUACCAGAACCGAAUUGCAGCCGAAUUCAACACUCUCUACCACUGGCACCCCCUUCUGCCUGACACUUUCCAGAUACACGACCAGGAGUACACUUUCCAGCAGUUCCUCUACAACAACUCCAUCAUGCUGGAACAUGGCCUUUCCCACAUGGUGAAGUCUUUCUCCAAGCAAAGUGCUGGCAGGGUUGCUGGUGGGAAGAACGUUCCUGCUGCAGUCCAGAAAGUUGCCAAGGCAUCCAUCGACCAAAGCAGACAAAUGAGAUACCAGUCCCUGAAUGAGUACAGGAAACGCUUCAUGUUGAAACCCUUCAGAUCAUUUGAAGAACUCACAGGAGAGAAAGAAAUGGCAGCUGAACUGGAAGAGCUUUAUGGAGACAUCGAUGCCAUGGAGCUGUACCCAGGCCUCCUCGUGGAAAAGCCGCGGCCGGGAGCCAUCUUCGGAGAAACCAUGGUGGAGAUUGGAGCACCUUUCUCCCUGAAGGGACUGAUGGGCAACGCGAUCUGCUCCCCCGAGUACUGGAAGCCCAGCACCUUUGGUGGGAAAGUGGGCUUUGAAAUAAUCCAUACUGCCUCCUUACAGAAGCUCAUCUGCAACAACGUGAAAGGCUGCCCUUUCACUGCUUUCCACAUCUUAAAUCCCGAACCCACAGAGGCAACUAUUAAUGUUAGUACCUCAAAAACAGCAAUGGAAGAUAUCAACCCCACACUGCUACUGAAAGAGCGAUCUGCUGAGUUAUAAAAACCCAUCUAUUUAUUUAUUUAACUAUAUUAUUUAUUCUAUUUAUGGUUUAAAGUGUUUAAAAA